GCGGGGCGCUUGGCGGCCACGUGGGGAGGGAGGGCGGGAGGCCAGAGGCUGCGGGGUGGGGCUGGCCCGCUCACAGCAGGAGGCAGCUGCCGGGUCGAGCCGCCCGCAGGCAGGGAAGGCAGAAGCCUCGAACGGGGCCGGGAUGGGCGAGCGGCGGCCGUCGCUGGUGGUCUUCGACCUGGAUUACACCCUCUGGCCCUUCUGGGUCGACACCCACGUGGACCCCCCUUUCCAGAAGGGCAGCAAUGGCAACGUCUGGGACCGCAACGGGCAAGCUGUGAAGCUGUACUCCGAAGUCCCAGCUGUGCUGGAAAGGCUGCAUCAAGAGGGGAUCCCCAUGGCCGCUGCCUCCAGGACAGGUGAAGUCCAGGGGGCCAAUCAGCUCCUGGACCUCUUCAGCCUGGAUCGCUUCCUCCGCUACAAAGAGAUCUACCCAGGCAGCAAAGUCACCCACUUCCAGAGGUUGUCUCAGAAGAGCCGGGUCCCUCUUUCCCAGAUGCUCUUCUUUGAUGACGAAGACCGGAACAUUCGUGACGUCAGCAAAUUAGGGGUCACGUGUAUUCGCGUCCGCAACGGCAUGAACCUCUCUCUCCUCAAGACGGGUCUGGAAGCCUUUGCCCGCUCCUGAAGUAUCACCACCUCACAACUCCCUCCUUCAAAGCCUGCCAUUUCCCCCACUCCCCUCCGCUUCUCUUUUCACACAUGGGGGAUGCGUGCAGGGGAGUUGAGGGCUCUGAUGCCGUCCAAUAAACCCUUACUGCUACCCC